AUGCCCUAUUUUGCAGCCCUCAGGGCGCGCAUCGAGGCCGUGCUGACGCGCGCCCUCGCGGCGCCGGCGGCGCUGGCGGCGGCUCUGGGAGAGUUUUCUGAGCUCCUCACCAGGACCGCGGAGGAGCGCGUGGCGGCGUGGGAGGCGGAGGGGCACGAGCUCGAGGAGACGGGCGCUGAGCUGGAGCGCCUGCAGCAGCUGGCCCUGCGGGUGGAGGCGGCGGUGGAGCCAUCGGUCUGCUUCCGCCUGGUGGCAGUCGACUGCAGCGCCGCCCGGGCUGCGCUGGCAGCGCGGGCACGCGCGGCGCGCGCGGCGCUGCAGGCGUGGCUGCAGGCACGGUUCGAGGCCAUCGCCCUGCGGCUGAACGAGGACCCGGCCGAUGCAGAGGCCAUGGAUGCCCUCGAGCGCUUUGCUGCGGAGGCUUCCCAGGAGCUGCCUGCCCUGGAGGAGCGCUGCGCCGCCGCCGCACUGGCGGGCGGCGUCCUGGAGGCCGGCCGCGCCGCGCUGGACGACGCCGCGGUCGAGGCGCACUGGCGGCUGCGCCGCUGGCCGCUCGCGCUGCAGGCCGAGCUCGCCGCCGCAGCUGCGCGGCUGGAGGGCUACCGCGGCCGCUACAAGCUGCAGCUGGCCGCAGACCAGCGCGCCCUGUCGCAGGACAUCCAGGCAACAAAGGCGCGCUGCGACCGACUGGCGGCAGUGCAGGAGGUGGAGGCGCGGCUGGCGGCGCUCGGGGAGAAGGCGGCGGUGUAUCAAGCAAGGGAAGACAUCUUUGGACAGCCGAGGACGGAGCACCCGCAGCUGGCGCAGGCGAGGCCAUGGGCCGGGGGCUAUAUUUGGAUUAGCAGUGUUACACCGUCCGUCGCCGCCUCGUUCGAGCCCUACGCCUCCCUCUGGCGCACCGCCGCGGAGCUGGGGCGGCGCCUGCCGGACUGGCUGGACGGGCCCUUUGACGAGAUCGACGCCGAGGGGCUCGCGAACGACGUGGACACGUGGUGGCGCGGCAGUGCGCGUCUACUGAAGCAGCUGGAAGGGCCGGCCUUGGACGUUGCCAACGCAGAUUUCCAAAAGCACGUGCCCCUGAUCACCGCCCUGCGCAACCCCGGGCUGAGGGGCCGCCACUGGGAGCGCAUCAGCGCGGCCGUUGGCUCGUCCAUCAAGGGGGACGCAGGGUUCAGCCUGAGCCGCGCGCUGCAGCUGGGGCUGCCGUCGUUUGUGGGGGCCAUUGAGGAGGUCAGCGAGUACGCGUCAAAGGAGUUUGCCCUGGAGCGCACCUUGGAUAAGAUGCAGGCCGAGUGGGCAGGCGUCGCGCUUGGCGCGGCGCCCUGGCGGGCGACGGGCACCAGCGUGCUGCGGGGCACCGACGACAUCCAGCAGCUGCUGGACGACCAGGUCGUGAAGACGCAGUCCAUGCGCGCGUCACCCUACAUCGGGCCCUUUGAGGAGCGCGUCAAGGCCUGGGAGGCAAAGCUGGUGCUCACGCAGGACACGCUGGACGCCUGGCUGCAGUGCCAGCAGGUGGGCGGGGGUUAG